AGUUGAAUUGCUUUCCAAUAGGUGGCGCUCCUCCUCCUGCCGCCGCUUCCCACCACCGCGAUCUCAACCCGGCUGGGCCUAAGCCGGGCCUUUCAAGAUGGCGGCGCCCAUGAGGUAAAGAACCUGAAGGGGAAGGCCCGCGCUGUGUGGAGAGGCGAGGACCAUGAAGCGGGCGGCCGGCUUCUCUUCAGCGUCCGGGCAUGGCCGGGCCCACAAUAAGAGGCGAGGAGCGGGGCGGCGGCAGAAGGAACCGCGAGCCGGGAAGCUACAGAAAAUGGGCCUGGCCGUGCGGGAGUUCGUGGAGGCCGCGGAGGUUUCCGAGGGCCGCUUCGGGGCUCCUCCUGAGACCCCGAAGCAAGGCCUCCCGGCUUUCGCCAGCCGGAGGAACCGCCGGGAGCUGAAGCAGGAGAAGCGCAAGCUGAAGCGCAGCCGGCGGCGAAGGCUCCUGAACGGCAAGGAGGAGGAGGCGGCCGAAGCCCCUCGGCCGCCCCACCCGGCGUCGACGGCCGCCGGCGGAGAAAAAAAGCCGCCGCCGCCUCAGGAGAAGAAAGCGAAGGAGAAGACGCGGCCUCAGGCCCCGGAGGAGGAGGAGAAGAAGCCGAAGCCCUCGGCGAGCGCUGCGGCGCGGAAAAGAGCGCUGCUGGCGGCCAACGAGGAGGAGGAGCGGGAGAUCCGCCGGCUGGAGAAGCGGCUGGGACUCCACAAGCGGCGGCGGCGGAAACCAGGGGCCCCCGGACGAGGGGAGGACGAGGCGGCGGCGGGGGCGAUGCCGGCCACCGCCUUGCCUCCGAGCUUCGUCCGGGACGGGCUGGGUUACGUGUUGGGCGCUCUGGGAUCCGGAGCGACCUUCUCGGGUCUGUAUGAGAGCAGCGAGGAAGAGGAAGGUGGGGAGGCGGAGGAAGGAGGGGAGGCGGGAGAGAGACCGAGCCUGAGAGAGGAGGGCGAAGAGACCGAGGGAGAAGAGGAAGAGGACGAAGAAGAAGAGGAGGAGGAGGAGGAUGAAGAAGAAGGCUCGGCUGUGGGAGAAGAGAUGAGAGACGGAGAAAGUGGAAGCGACGAGGAGGAAGAGGAGGAGGCAUCCCAUAAUUUCAGAAACCCAGAAGAUGAAGCCCGGGAAGCUGCACCUCCCAAAACUGAGGAGCAUCCUUCCCAAGGUGCAACAAAGUAUGUUCCUCCUCAAAUGCGAAGGUCUGAAGAAACGUUAGAUGCCAAAAAGAGGGAAGAAUUAGAAAGACUAAAGAAAAUGGUGAAAGGUCUAGUUAACAGACUGAGUGAACCAAACUUGGCUUCUAUAAGUGGGCAAUUGGAAGAGCUAUACAUGGCAAACAGUAGAAAAGACAUGAAUGAAACAUUAACAGAUACGAUUAUCAGUGCUUGUGUUACAUCAUCAGCAAUGCCUUCCAGAUUGGUGAUGGAGCAUGUUCUUUUGAUUAGUGUCCUUCAUCAAACAGUGGGAAUUGAGGUUGGCGCUCACUUUGUGGAAACUGUGGUGAGGAAAUUUGAUGAAGUCUACAAAAGUGAGGCCGAAGGAAAAGAAUGUGAGAACUUGCUUACCUUAAUUGCUCAUUUGUAUAACUUUUAUGUAGUGCAUUCAUUGCUGAUCUUUGACAUCUUAAAGAAGCUUGUUAGCUCUUUCUCUGAAAAGGAUAUUGAACUAAUUCUGCUGCUGCUGAAAAAUGUGGGCUUUUCCUUGAGGAAAGAUGAUGCUCUGGCACUAAAAGAACUUAUUACUGAGGCCCAGAAAAAAGCAAACGCAGUAGGAAAGCAAUUCCAGGACCAGUCAAGGGUUUACUUUUUGCUGGAGAUUAUGUUGGGACUAAAAAAUAAUGACAUGAGGAAAAUCCCUGGUUAUGAUCCAGAGCCUGCUGAGAAAUUACGAAAGCUGCUGAGAACACUGGUUCAUGGUGGUAGUGCUGGUAAAGAAGCUCAGCUCCGUGUGUCAUUGGAGUCUGUCCUUAAUGCGGAUCAGGUUGGCCGUUGGUGGAUUGUUGGAUCGUCUUGGAGUGGGGCUCCAAUGAUUGACAGCACCAGAAACAAAAUUGAACAAAUACUACCUGCAGGAAAGGUGAGUUCAAAAAUUCUGGAGCUUGCUCGCAAACAAAGAAUGAACACAGAUAUCAGGAGGAACAUCUUUUGUAUAUUGAUGACCAGUGAAGAUUUUUUGGAUGCCUUUGAAAAACUUUUGAAGCUUAGGCUUAAAGAUCAGCAGGAAAGAGAGAUUGUCCAUGUCCUCAUAGAUUGUUGCCUCCAAGAAAAGAUGUACAACCCAUUCUAUUCAUAUUUGUCUGCCAAAUUCUGUGAAUAUGAAAGGCGAUUCCAGAUGACAUUCCAGUUCAGCAUGUGGGAUAAAAUCAAAGAUCUAGGAAAUUUAUCUGCUACUGCUUCCUCCAAUUUAGUUCAUCUCUUGGCUCAUCUGUUAAAGACUAAGUCUCUCUCCAUUACUGUUUUCAAGGUUAUUGAAUUCAGUGAACUAGACAAGCCAAAAGUCCAUUUCUUACGAAAAGUGUUGUCUGCACUGUUGCUACAGACAGAUCCAGAGGACCUUAACCACAUCUUCGGAAAAUUGGCUGACAACCCCAAACACGGAAUGCUGCAUGAAGGCUUGAAACUUUUUCUCAAUCACUUCUUGCUGAAGAACAUCCAAGCUCUCAAAAGUGUUGAAGAGGCCACCUUGCUAAAAGAGAAAAUUGAACUAGUAACUAGAGCCUUAAAAGCCAAAGAAUCCCGGCUAUUACUAUAAUACCAAGUUAGCAGAUCCACCUUUGUAAACCGUGAGAAUUGAAAGUACCUAAAUUAAAUUUUACAGAUUUUAGUAAACAGGGACUUCAUGUUUUCAACUUGAAGACACAUGAGGUUUGAUAUUCAAACUCACUUAUAUUUAUUUUUGAAAUAUGUGUAUAUGUGACGAAUGAUGUCUUUUACCUUGUGUUAAAAUGAGAUAAGGUCACCAGUAAAGGCUGAAUCUAUGCAAUGCAUGUUUUUAAAAAAUAAUUUGUUUUGUUGUACCCUGAUGCCUUUAUAUAGUGUUGAACCUCAAUUAAAGCCCUAUUUGAAACAUGAUAGUUUCACUGGAAGGCAUUCCCACAUUUUCAGUACGCAGCUGUAAUUAAAUUGUGUUGCUAUUCUUCAAAUUGUAUACCUUUUUAAUUAUGCUUUACCUCAUUAAAUCUAACAUUUUGACACUUCAUGCAAACAAUCCAGACUGUAUCGGUUGUAUUUUCCCAAUUGACAUUUUCUCCAACAGUUUAUUCACUAUAAACAUAGCUAUGGAACUACUAUAGAUUAUUGAAGUCCAGUGUAAACCUUUAUAUUACCCACUCCAGAUACCUAGAAAAUCCAGUUUGAAAAUCUGUUCUGUACAAUCAGAUGCUUUCUGGGCAUUUAAAAAUCUUUGCCUGGUGAUAUAAUUAGCUUAAUUUUCAGAUUCUUCUUUCUUCCAGCUUAAAUAUAUUCCAGUGCUUUACUGGAUGAAUCUCCAGCAAGGUUAAACAUCAGGAAUGGUUUAGUGCAGAUCUGUUAUUCAUUUCCACAUCAAUUUAAAACUACAGUAUCCAACAUGAUUGAUUCAUACUUUUAAAAAAUAUACAAACUGAGACUUUGAUAUGUAAAGUGUUUCUAAUAGAACAAUACAGAUUGUAUUCGUCUUCAGUGUGGAAGGGAUUGUCACUCUCAAAUUGGCCUUCUCAGCCACACUAGAUGCUGUUCCAAGAGCUCUAUUCAGAGCAUGCUACUAUAGUCCCUCGAGACUGAAGGAUGCCUACAUUAUUAAUAUACGUAAUAGAACAACACCUUUCUAGCCUCUGUCUCUUAAUUGUACCUUCCUACGUACAUAAAGCUCAGAUGAGAGGCUUAUCAAGAUGAGAAAUUUUGUGUGUCUAGUGUUGAAAUAAUUAAGGGGAAGGUAGAAAAAGUAGCCCUGACUAUGAAAAUGAAAGUGUAUUUAGAAUUGAGGCUUGAAUAACAGUUCACUGUAGUGAUUGCAAAAGAGUUAGCCAACUCUCCAGCCAAGCAAGGUUGCUUUAUCAUAACAAUCCUGACAGUUGAACAUGUUUAUGUUACAAUGUGUAAUAUGGAGGUGGUGUUUAUAGUUGAAGGGAAAAGUGAAGGUUUUUGUGCUUAUGGAACAUAGAAGCAAUGUAG